AAAGCAAGGCUGCUUCUGCUAUAAAGCAAUACCCAAUUGUUUCAUAUUAGUUACUCCCUUCUCUCUCCCAUUAAUCUUCUCUAGCCCUUGCAUCCUCAAAACCAUUUCUUUCUUGUGGGGAUCAUGGGGAAGAAGAUGAUGACCAUAUCCCUUUAUUGUCAAGUGGUUUAUUUGGUGAUGUGCUACCUCUUGUGCUUUUCUGGCUUUGGACAUUCACUGGAACCAGCAAUGUAUUUGUUUGGGUCCUCAGUUCUUGAUAUGGGUACUAACAAUUAUUUAACGGGUGGAGCCAAGGGUAAUUAUUAUCCUUAUGGCAUCGACUAUCCCGGCGGUGAGGCCACCGGCCGGUUCAGCAAUGGCAAGAACGCCGCGGACUUCCUCGUUGAAAUGGUUGGAGUACCAUCACCUAAACCAUCACUCAGUAUUAGCAACAAAAGUGACAUGGUUGAAGAGUUUCUCAAAGGUGUCAACUUCGCUUCUGGUGGUUCUGGAGUCCUAAACACUACAAACCCAGCUUAUUGCAUGACACUAAGUCAACAAAUAGGACUGUUUAACGAAAUGGUGGAGAAAACUAUUGACAAGAUUGGGCCUAUGGAAACAUAUGAACAAAUGAAAAGGUCCUACAUCGUUGUGAAUAUCGGAAACAAUGAUAUAAGUAUUGCCGCUGGUACUGGUGUUGAUCCUGAGGAAUAUGCAUCUCUACUGAUCACCACACUGAAACCACACUUGCAGAAUAUAUACAACAUUGGUGGACGUAGGUUUGUGAUCAUAUCAUCUGGAGCUCAGGGAUGCCUGCCAAGGGCAAGAACAGCGACAGGAGGCUGUAGUGAAGAAACAAACAAAAUGGCAAAAGCUUAUAACACAAAGUUAGCUUCCUUAAUGAAAACAUUACAGUCAGAAGCUAAUUUUGGUCCUCUUUAUUACUCCUACUUCGAUUUAAUUGCUGGCCAUGAACUAUUAAAUGCAAAACGAGAAAGUCUUGGGUUUACUGAAGGUGUGGUUGCAUGCUGUGGAACAGGCGCUUUCAAUGGUAGUGCUUAUCGUUGCGGUCCUGGAACUGUCCCUUGUGACAAUAGAGCAAACCAUAUAUAUUGGGAUAAUGUCCAUUACACAGAGAGAUUCACUGGUUUGCUUAUGAAGUUGGCCUUCUAUGGGUCAAGUCCAUAUGUGGAACCUAUCAAUGUGAAUGAACUAACUGCACUCACAGUUUUAUCUCCCUAUCCUACCGAUCAAGUGAAAUCAACUAAGUGAUCUCUUCAAGAAGGAUAUAUAUAUAUAUAUAUAUAUAUGAUAUUUAUAAUAAAGAUGAUCUCCACGUAUGAUCAAGAGACAAGUUUGGAGGUUAUAGAUUUGCUAUCUUCAGCCAAAGCAGAUCAAAUGCUGUUGUUGUCAUUCUGUUUUAGUUGUUUGUAUGAUCUGAAUAACCAGAUCUCUUGUUAUGUCAUGUCUUCCCAUCUUUAAGCUUCUAGUGCUUAUGAACCAUUAAUGGAGUUCUACUAUUAAUUUCCUAUA